AAUUUUUCAUUUUCAAUCAGCCCCACGAAAAGUUAGAGAGAGAGAGAGAGAGAAAAAACAGAGACUGUUAUUUGCUGCUUGUGGUUUUAUUAUCUGUGUGUAUUUAUCGAGGUUUUGAAUUGGAACUCAUCAAACCCAGAGCCAUAUAGAACCAAACUUGUCUGAAUAUUCUGAGUCAAAGGAAAGAGUUGAUGAUGGCGAAUCUAUAUGUAAAGGCGGCGCCACCGGUGGAUCUGAAUAGGAACACAGAGUGGUUCACAUACCCAGGUGUUUGGACCACUUACAUCCUUAUCCUCUUCUUCGCUUGGCUUCUUGUCCUUUCAAUCUUUGGCUGCUCUCCUGGCAUGGCCUGGACCAUUGUUAAUCUCGCCCACUUCGCUGUCACUUAUCACUUUUUCCACUGGAAAAAAGGAACUCCAUUUGCUGACGAUCAGGGGAUCUACAAUGCACUGACAUGGUGGGAGCAAAUAGAUAAUGGAAAGCAGCUCACACGCAACAGAAAGUUCUUAACUGUUGUUCCUGUUGUGCUGUACUUGAUAGCCUCACACACGACUGACUACCAGCAUCCUAUGCUCUUCCUCAAUACUCUUGCGGCGAUUGUGCUGGUUAUUGCCAAGUUCCCUAAUAUGCACAAGGUCCGGAUCUUUGGAAUCAAUGCAGAUAAGUGAGUAGGGUAUGCAUCAGGAAGGUGUGCUUAAGAGCCUCAUAUCCUUCGCUUGUUCUGGUAAAAAGUCAUUGUAUAGUAAUCAGAACUGUGAGGAUUUUCAGAUAUAUAUAAUGUUUUGUGCAAACUGUUUUUCAAGCUUCUGGGUGAUUGAAAGAAAAAAUAUUUGUAUGGAGUUAUCUUUGUACAGUAGAGAAAUUUUAUGUAUCUGGAUUAUCAUGGUGCUGUUAUCAGCUUAUCACAUAUUUUGACAUUGCAAUUA